GAUUCGAUGACUCUGAACGUGCUGGUCGUAUGCCUCGGCAAUAUCUGCCGCUCCCCCAUCGGGGAGGCAGUCCUGAGAAACGUCGCGUCCGAGCGCGGCAUCGACAUCACCGUCGAUAGCGCGGGCACAGCAGGGUAUCAUGUCGGUGAGGAGCCUGACGAGCGUUCAACAGCGACGUGUAAGAAGUUUGGCGUCCCCAUCUCGCACGAGGCGCGUCAGGUCCAGCCGGAGGACUAUCGAAAGUUCACGCACAUCCUUGCGGCUGACGAGAACAACCUGCGCAAUCUCCUGCGCGAUAAGCCAGGCUACGCCACCGCUGAAGUCAAGCUCUGGGGCUCGUAUUUAGACGGCAAACGCAUCGAUGAUCCUUACUACGGCAACAUCAAAAACUUCGAAGCCGUCUUUCAUCAGUGUGAGAGGCUAUCCAAUGCAUUCCUCGAUGAGGUCGUCGGUAAA